CCGUGAUCAUAAUGAGACCUAGCCUCAAACAGCAUGUAGGGUUGUUACCGGAUGAUGUUUCCCGGGGCCCGAAGCUGUCUAAAUCCUUGUCUUGUGUUGCGUCUCUCGAUUCCGCUCAACCCCUCUCAAGCUACCACAUAGAUGCGUUGGCCUCGCGACUAAGUCCUGACACUAAGGACAUCUGCCGUGACAAUUCCACGACACCGGCAGUCAUGCUUUUAGAGACCGAUUCUUUGCCGUCAAUGACUGGAUGUGGUAGUCCAACGGCUGACUACCCACCUGCAACGUUAUGAGCGUUGGGCCAUGCGACGCUAUGUUAAACGGCUGAAUGCGUUCCUUCUGCCCCGCACCAAUGUUCAACAACGGUCUAUCAAGAAGCUGAGGCUUCAAACCUUUGGAACGAGCAGUUGCAAUGAUCAAUGGAUUACGUCAGCGAUUGGCAGAUGGGGCGUUGAAGAUUUGGAGCUUGUCGUUGACAACUCUUCCUGGUGCUAUGACUUCCGGCUAUUGGAUAAAUGCGAGAAUGUGCGAUUGAAACGACUUGUGCUAUCCAAUUGUUAUCAUCAUGAUGCACCCAAGUCCUUGACGUUUCAGAGGCUCACAGCACUUACUCUGUGCAAAGAAUGUUCACAUAUUUCACACGUUUGUUGUUAUAUUCUGAGAAACUGCGUGCAGCUGGUGGAUUUGAGCCUGAAAUAUUCUGGUCAUAACCGAGAUUCUCUUCAUAUUCGUGUUCCUAAGUCAAAGUUAAAGAAUCUGCAAUUGGACAACUGCAACGUUGGGCAAGUCUAUCUGACUUCACUGCCUUGUCUUGAAGCAUUUGCUUGUCGCGGUCAGCCAAUCGAAUUACACUACGGCGAGGUGCCUCGACUUAGGCAUGUGAGUUUGAACUUCUUGCAAACUGGAGAUAAUGCCAAGGAUGGUUCCUUAUGUGGACUAAGCAAGUUGUUUUUAGGGAUUCCGCCACCGCUAGAGUACCUUGCUCUGCAAUUAAGAGGGGGUCAGAUGUGGAUUAAACCUGCUGCCAUUCGCAGCCAGCUUAAUCAUCUCAAGAAACUAUUAUUUGCAAACGUGGCAAUGAACUGGGAUACAUUCUGGAUUCUCACCCUACUUGCUGCCGCACCUGCCCUGGAGUCACUCCAUGUUCAUUUUGUCAACAACUCAGAGAAGGUGGGUGCUGCAGGAUCACUAGAUGUACAAGUGGAACACCAUCAGCAUCACCAUCACCUGAAAGAACUCAUGGUCAUCGGCUUCGGCGGGGUGGCGUGGCAGACCGGCUUUGUGAAGCGGAUCAUGCGGGCGUCACCGAUCCUGGAGCGCGUCCACCUGCUGGACGGGCACGUCGUGGAGGGCGAAGAUCGGGAGCUCGUCGGCCUGAAGAUCGUCCGCCGCCGCCGGGAGUGGCACGAGUGCGAGAGAUUGGAGGUGCUCAACGAACUGACAGACGGGAUCCGUUCGCCCCAUCUCGAAAUAGUUUUGGAAUGACUUUUGGUAGAAGUGUUGCUGUGCCAGUAGCCUUCCGUUCUGUAGGGCUUGCAGCUGUAUGCCAUGGCCUAAUGAUUAUGUUAUGCUGGCUUGUGAGAAAGAAGAACAUGUGUUUGUAUUGGGUAUCGUGUGCUUUACUUUUGCUCGAUUAUCCAAAGGAUUGAUGUAGCUGUUGAGAUGAUUGAUUCCAUGGCUGCUCAUGGUGUGGCUUGAAAUCACCAAUUGUACGCCUAAAAGAUAUUUUUCCUUUGCC